AAAUAUAUAUGACUACAAAAAACCACAUCUAUCCCCCCAAACCACACCACAGGGUUUAACUUUAAAACCUCCACAUUUUCCUUCCCUCAAUUACGUCUAAAUUCAGAUCAUCUUUUACACAGGCCUAGUUAGUGCUUCAUUUCGGUUGAUGAUUGUUUGUUGGCAUGCAUACCUAAGAUAUGGUGUUAAAAAAGAGAAUAUAUUAUGGAGGAUUUCGUGAUUUACUGCCCCCGGUGAUACCCAAAGCUCCUAGAUCCUUGAGGAGGAGGAGUUUGCAUAACAAAUCAUCAGGAGGAGGUGAAAUCUGCGCGUUUGAGUUAUUAGCAGCUGUAGCUGGGCAGUUGUUGCAGGAGAGUGAAAGUUCUACUUCAAGUACUAACAUUCCCAAAGAAGGUGUCAACCAUGAACCACUUGAAGUCAAAGCCGAACCCAUAAGAUCCGAACAUCAUGAUCAAGAAAGCGGUGUGGAGAGUGAGCUUGCUGCUCAACCCACUAAUGUAGGCACGCCCGUAAACGAAUUGACACAAUCUGAGAAUGAUUCUGGUUCAGAACAUGCUUCUGUGCUUACAUCUUCUCAUUUCGUGAAAGAAACCGAUAACAGUUUAAGAAUUGUAGCCUUUGAAGAUAAGAAUGGAGUUAAUGAAAAUCUUAUUAAAUCCGGCAGAGGAUUUUCUAGUCUUGGGAAUUUACAUGAUGUUAUAUAUAGUGAUAAUAGAUCUGAAAUACAUGCCGAACGCAUAGAGAAACAAAGUAGGGGGCUGUCUCGUGUGCCAAACAAGUCAUCUAGCAAUGUACAUUUAUCCUUUUAUAGGGAUGCUGUAAGCGGUGCUUGUUUUCCAACUCACAGGGGCAAUGUAAAUAUUAGUUUUAGAGAUGAUGAUGAAAAAUACUUUAGGUACAUUAAUCGUAACUCUAGACGGAGGGCGAUGGGGUCACGAUCACGUGGUGGAUAUAGAAGAGCAAGGAAGAUGAUGGCUUCUAGAUACUGGAAAGCAGCUCCAAAGAUGAAAGAUUAUGAACACACCAACUCUAUUAUUAGUGGUGGAGUUAGGUCGUUUUACCAUAAAAGGAAAAACAUAUACAUGAGAGAAUGGUGUCAGGCCAAUGAUGCAUCUAAAAGAAGGAAGGUGUUUCAUCAAAAUUCAAAAUCUGCAUAUAUUAAGGAUGCAAGUAGUGAAAGCAUAACUAAUUCAGUAAAGUUUAGCAUAAAGUCCUUUACAGUGCCAGAACUAUAUGUUGAGGCACCCGAAACUGCUACUGUAGGUUCAUUAAAGAGGAGGGUCAUGGAAGCUGUCACGGCUAUUCUACAAGGUCAAUUACAUGUAGGGGUACUUCUUCAAGGAAAGAAAGUUAGAGAUGACAACAUAACACUAGAACAAACUGGGAUUUCACAGAAUUGCAACCUUGAAACUUUAGAAUUUACACUGGAGCCUAGUUUUCCGGAAGUUUCUCCAACUUUGGUAAACAAAGCUACUCCUUUGUUGCUACCCAGGUCCCCUUCUCCUAUUAUCGACCCGUGUUUAUCAAAUUCUUCUCCCGAUCCUCCUUCUCCAGCUUUUACUUUGGACAACCAUCUUGAGAAGAAUCAAGAAAGUAUAACUUUCUCAGCUGAAGUUACCACAGAAGAACAUGUGGCAGAUUCCAAAGCUCUUGUGGUUGCUCCACCAUUGGAUGCUGAGAUACUCGCGGUGGUUCCCUUGAGUGAAAAACCAAUCAAAAGACAUGAGCUUUCACAACGGAGAAUUAGGAGACCGUUCUCUGUUUCAGAAGUAGAAGCACUUGUGGAGGCAGUAGAAACUCUUGGGGCCGGAAGAUGGCGCGAUGUGAAAAUGCGUGCUUUUGAUGACGCAAACCAUCGUACUUACGUGGACUUGAAGGAUAAAUGGAAAACGUUGGUUCACACAGCAAGCAUCGCCCCUCAGCAAAGAAGGGGAGAGCCGGUGCCCCAGAAUCUUCUUGACCGUGUCUUGGCUGCACAUGCGUACUGGUCUGAGCAUCAAUCUAAGCAGCAGCAUGUAAAGAUUCAGAAGACCUUGGAGGCUCCAAUGUAAAGAUUCAGAAGACCUUGGAGGCUCCAAUGUAAAGUUUAGAGAUGAUGUCGAAAAAUUUAGGUAAAAGGAUUUGUUUAAAGUUGAUGUAAUAUGUUAAUCUUUUAGUGAUUGUGAUUCAUUUGGUGGUUCUGUAAUUAUCUGGGAUUGGAAAAUAAUGGCAUUCUAAUACAACUGUAAGAUUGCUGGUUCUGAUUUAGUUUGUAAAACAUUGUUCAUUUUGUAAAUUUUCUAAUGUAAUUUCAUUUUAUUUUAACACA